AUGGAAACAGUAACUUGGUUUAUCACAAUAACAGAUCAACCGAUAACUUCGAGCUUCCGAAGGGAGGGAGGGGGGAAGAAAAAAAAGAAAGAACAGAAACAAUACAAAGGUAAAUCAAGUUCGAACUUUGACCGUUAUACUGCUGAAUAUCCUGCAUCCGAUACAAACAAAAUACCCUUUGAAAGCUAUGCUUUCGCAAUCAAUUUAUUAUCCAAUAUUUGGAAAGAAAUGGCAUGGUACAUAUUUGGAUGUGUGGGCGAAAAUGCAUACAAACUCGGUGGUAAAACAACUAGCCACAGUUUGAAACUAAAAUUCCGAAUUCUGAAUCCAACAUCAUACUUGGAAUUCACUAAAAUUGAUUCGAUUACGGGGUAA